UCAAAGAUUAGAUGCUAUUCCAAAACGUUUGCGAGAUGCCCUGCGAAUUUGAAAGUUUAUGAGAAAAGAAACAAACCCUAGCUUUUAGGGAUGGUUGCAAUGGACGCCAAGGACAUUCUGGGCUUGCCCAAAACCGCGAUUCCGAUACCGCAAGAGAAGAAAUCACGGUCUCAGAAGGACUCUCAGAGAAAACCAGAUGGAAUUUCCAGGGAGGUUUACGCGCUCACAGGUGGUAUGCCACCACUUAUGCCAACGAUAGACUCGUCCCAAUUGAAGAAACGCCCGCCAGUUGAUGAGAAGAUCACUUGGCAGUGGCUUCCUUUUACAAAUUCUGCUCGGAAGGAUAAUUUGCAGCUUUAUCACUGGGUUAGAGUUGUAAAUGGCGUACCACCGACGGGUGACUAUUCCUUUGCCAAGUAUAACAAGUCCAUUGACAUUGUCCAGUACACAGAUGAGGAGUAUGCGAAACAUUUGGCUGAUCCUAGUUGGACCAAGGAAGAGACAGAUCGAUUGUUUGAAUUGUGCAAACAGUUUGAUCUCCGGUUCAUUGUGAUAGCUGAUAGGUUCCCAUCAUCUCGCACGGUGGAGGAGUUGAAGAAUCGCUAUUACAGUGUAUCUCGAUCUAUAUUAAUGGCUAGAGCUACAUCUCCUGGAGAUGUUACGGGGAACCCUCUUGUUAAGGAAACUUACAAUGUCUCACAAGAGAAAGAACGCAAGCGAGCAUUAUCCAUGGUACUCUCGCAAACGAAGCAGCAAGAGCGAAAAGAUGCUGAGAUUCUUGCGGAUGCAAAAAGAAUAAGUGAAUCGCGGGUGGCUGCCAGGGGCGCUGAAGAGUCUGAGUUGCCUGUUGCUUCAAGUGCUGGUCAUGACAAUGCUGAUAGGGCUGAUGUUCCUGGUGACACUGUGUCACCUUCUCUUAAUGUUCAGCUUCCAUCUGCAGCAGUUGCACCUUCAACAUUGAUGGCAGACAAUGCCGCAACUAUAGCAUCUUUGCGCAUGCUUCGGGUGUAUCUGAGGACAUAUGCACUUGACCAAAUGAUACAAGCUGCAAGCUCAUCUGCUGGACUUCGGACUAUCAAGCGAGUUGAGCAAACUUUACAAGAUCUCGGGGUUAAUCUAAAACCAAGGGUUCCAACUAAAGCUGUUUGUGCAGAGCAUCUUGAAUUAAGGAAAGAAAUACUCACUCUACUCAAUCUUCAGAAACAGUUGCAAUAUAAGGAGGCUGAAGGUUCGUCUUUUCGCGAUCAUCCUUACGAAACGCCAGGCACUCCAAAGGAUCGGAUGUUUGUUCCCGACUCGAUGAGUUUUGGAGGAGAAAGGGUUGGUAAAAGGGAUCAGAAACGCAAGGCACCUGGAAGGAUAUCAGAAGCUCCAUCGUCGCCAGCCCAGUCUAAAAGGCCUAGGAAGCUCAAGGCAUCAGAUCUAUAGUCUCAGAUGUGUGAAGGCAAGAACAGCUUCCAACUUAGCAGAAUGCUCUAACAGGUUAUGCAGGUUGCCAAACUUUGCGAGGAGCUUUACUGAAAUGCAGAGUUCCGAGUUGCUAAUUCUUCUAACAGUAGUGAAAUAUGUACAAGAGUUGCCAACUGGCGCCCGCAUUAGGAAAUCUUUAAGUCUUGUUGCUUUCAUAUUCCAAUUAUAUCGAAUACCGUUCAAAUGAUGAAUAUUUUUGGGGGGUUUUUUUUUUUGGACACGGAUUUCUCUUUUUUGUUGUUAGUAAAGUUAACCUAUAUCUCGUCUACCAAUUCCAAGUCAUUAACAAUUAUCAAUUUCACGAGUGUAGUAACUAGCAUUACAUCUUAGUUAAUCUGGUAUUCUGGUUCGAGUGUAGUUACUAGCAUUUUCCUUCCCUAAAAUGUCAAGAAUGAUAUGCUUACACAACAUUUAAUAAUAAUUUUUUUUUCCAAUUGUUUUUCCCUCUCAGUUCAAAUUGUAGGAAGAUU